AUGGUUGCUUUAUGCCCUAAGUGUUAUACAUCAUUCAACGGUUCAAUUGAUGGAAGUGAUUUUAAAAAGAUUGCACAAAAAAUGAACGGUGUUAGUUUAAGGCAAAAUAAACAAUUAACGCCUAAAAAUUAUUUGGAUAUAAUAAAUGAUAAAGUUAUUUUCGAUGGUCAGAAUAUUAAUUUACAACUUAAAAACGGGUCAAUGACUCGCUUAACAAUCGGUAAGACUGCAUUAACAGGAGCACACACUAAGGCUGUAUGUUGUGAAAAUGGAUGUUGUAUGCCAUUUAUUUAA